AUGGCACUGAUUCAGAUAGUAAAUGUGCUAUGGCACGACUACCAACUCACAUGGGAUCCAGCCGACUAUGAGGGCGUUAACUCACUUCGAGUCUCCCCUGCUAAAGUUUGGCUUCCAGACAUCGUGCUGUUCAAUAAUGCUGACGGUAACUAUGAAGUCAGUUAUAAAUGUAAUGUAGUACUGUUCCCAGACGGAUCCGUGCUGUGGGUACCGCCAGCCAUAUUUCAGAGUUCGUGCACGAUCAACGUCGAAUAUUUCCCGUUCGAUAUGCAAACAUGUGAGAUGAAUUUCGGAUCGUGGACAUUCAAUAAAGAUCAGGUGAAACUUUCGUUUUACGAAGGCAAGGACCAUGUUGAUUUAAAUGACUACCAGGAGAGCGUCACGUGGGAUAUUAUAGAGUUACCUGGUUGUAUUGACAAUGAGCACUCGAAAUCUGCAACGAUGACAUUUCAUAUCAGCAUCAGACGGCGAGCUCUGUUCUACACAAUCAACUUAAUGGAAGGAGAUGAUGUGUUGCUGACGGGUAAGAAAGAAAUCAUAGUGACAAAGGAAGGUCGCAAGACCAUGUCGGCAAUUGACUACAUCGCUGAACGCCUGCGAGCAGAAGACACCGUUCAGGAGAUAAAGGACGACUGGCAAUACAUAGCCAUGGUCAUUGACAGACUUCUCCUCUAUGUUUUCUUCGCUGUCACAGCUUCAGGAGCAAUAUCCAUCAUUCUUAAAGCUCCUGACAUAUUUGAUGACACGAUUGAGUCGGUCGAUUACUGCUAG